GAGCCUGGUGGGUUGUGAACAGAACGCUUUUGCUCGGUGUCCCUAAACAAAGGAAACAGGCUGCCUGUAACGUUUGUUAUUAUUUGAACGAGUUCAGCGGAGUCACGGUUAAAGUGACGGAGUUUCUAGUGUUCCUGUGCUUAUAUCGUAAAUGGGCGUGACAGCUGCACAACAACAACAACAACACAACAAAAACAACGGCUCUGCUUCCGGUUUCUGGAUGUAGCUGUCAGACUCCAGCAUCUUUUUAACGAGGAACCGCUUUAUCAGCAGCAAGCAUUAGCAUGAGCGAAGGAGAAGUUUUUCAUGAGAAGCAACGACUGGAGCUGUGCGCCAUUCAUGCACUCAACAACGUGCUCCAGGAGCGGGUGUUCACCAAGGAGACAGCCGAUGACAUCUGCAAACGGCUGGCUCCACAGUGUGUGGUGAACCCUCAUCGGUCAGUGUUAGGCACGGGAAACUAUGACGUCAACGUCAUCAUGGCUGCACUACAGAGCAGGGAACUGGCUGCAGUGUGGUGGGAUAAACGCAGGACGGUACAGAGUCUUUGCAUGUCAAAGGUCCACGGCUUUAUUCUUAAUGUCCCAUCACGAGUAUCGCUUGGGAUCGUUUCCCUCCCACUACGACGGCGGCACUGGCUCGCAGUUCGGCAAGUUAAUGGACAGUACUACAACCUCGACUCCAAACUGAAGAGUCCCGUCUGUAUUGGCGGAGAAGCAGAGCUACGCUCAUUUCUCAGCGAACAGCUUUCUCAGGAUGUGGCAGAGAUGCUCUUGGUUGUCCGGCGGGAGGUGGAGGAGGACGGUUCAUGGCUGAACUCUGACAACCCCAAAAAGUGAUGCCUUGGGACAGGACAUACCUUUAUAUUUUAGCAUGAAAAAAACCUCCUCUGGGAAAAUGACAGACGUUUUUUUUAAAACAAACACCUCAUUACAAAAACCUCUUCAGGGAAUGCACUAAAAUACAUUUAAUAUCUACAAACAAACACACAGAGGAAGAUCCAAAGAGAAGCAGAGAUGGAUGUUUACUCCCAAAAUAAAGAACUGUUUUGAUUGUAAAAACUGUAAAAGCAAUUGCUCUGAUAGGAACUGUGUAUUUGCAUUGUCCUGCUCUUGGUACGUUUGUUUGAGAAGGUGCAUCAAAACUAACAAUGUUACAAGUUUGUGGGCUAGUUUGAUGAUACUUGAGACAUAUGACUGAAAUUUUACUUUUGUGGUAGAAAAAUUGCAAAUUGCAUGAAAAACCACCUGCAGUAAUGAUAACUGGACUACUUACUGAUUACUAAAAAUGAGAAAAAUCAUUGGUUUGAAUUUGCCAUGUAGGAUAUCACUUGAUUUUAAUGAUCCAGUUGGCAAAAUUAUAUCAGUAUAUACUGUAUGUACAAGAUGGUUAAGUCCAAAUUUAUCAGCACCUGAGUGCACCAUCUCUUCCCUCGACCUUUGUUGUAAACUUUCUAUGCACUACAGAGUUAGAUUUGUUAGCACUGUUUGUCUCUGUGUGUGUUCAUACAGGAACAUGUGAUGUGAAGGAAUCACCUGGCGAGGCACUGAAGGACAAUACCUGUGUAUUUGCAUGUUUUCAUCAGUUUACUUCAAAUCACCUUCCAUUGUUCAUAACAUGAUGCAGUUCCUUAGAUCUUGGUAUAUGUUUUUCUGAUCCUCCAGGCAGCCUUUGUUUUCCUUUCAUUUAACUUCAGUGUUAAAAAAACCUGUUUGCAGAGAUUUGAAACAUGGUUGAGACAGGUACAACGAACAUCUUGCCUCUUUAUUUUUGUCCAAGUUAUGUUAUUGUAAUGUGAUAACACCGUUGAAUCCACACAGUAAUGAAGCAAGCUUUGACAAAAAUAAAAGUAGACAUGACCUAUAGCAACCAGGUUUCAGGUGUCUUCAGGUUGAUAUUAACACAGCUUUGUACUGAAUGAAAGCCAGGGACGAGCAUGGAUGUAAGUAGGAUUACUAUUUUAAAUCUAAAAGGAAACAGCAGGAAUGUAAAGAACACUAUUCUUGAUUAGUUGUAACUGAGUUAAACAUGCAAAAACACUGGUUCUGUGACUGUAUGUAACCGUAAUGUUUGUAUUCUGUCUCUCCUAUUGAUCUAUGCAUAUCCAAAAGAACGGGAGCACUGUCUCCAGUACACACUAGUGACUAACUCACACAUAAACCUAAGCUCAGAGGCUCGUAAUAUUGAAUCUU